AUGCUGAGCCCAAAGCUGUUGACCCUGGUGCUGGUGGUGCAGCCGGGCAGAGUGCUGCUGGGCAUGAAGAAAAGAGGAUUUGGAGCCGGGAAGUGGAACGGCUUUGGGGGCAAAGUUCAACCCGGAGAGAGCAUUGAAGACGCCGCAAGGAGAGAGCUGCAGGAAGAAAGUGCUCUGACAGUAGAUGCUCUGGAGAAAAUUGGAAAUAUCAAGUUUGAAUUUGUCGGAGAAACGCAGCUGCUGGACGUACACAUUUUCAGAGCAGACUCAUACAACGGAGAACCGACAGAAUCUGAAGAGAUGAGGCCCCAGUGGUUUGAACUAGACCAGAUUCCCUUCAGAGAGAUGUGGGCCGACGACAGCCUGUGGUUCCCUUUGAUGCUGCAGAGGAAGAAGUUUGUGGGAUAUUUUAAAUUUCAGGGCCAUGAAGUGAUCCUGAGCCACACUCUGGAGGAGGUCAGCGAGCUCAAAUGA